AUGACACAAAUGAGGUCCAGUCUGUUUUCCCUGCAAAGUCCUCAUCUGCCCUUUUCUGAUAUCUGGAAAUACGGGAUGUUAGCGCUAUCCAUUCUCCUGUUGUUGUUGGCAUUAAUCAUUUUGGCCUGUCAACUGUGUAGAUGUCAGAAACCCAACAACACAUUUGGGAAUGAGGGCAAGGAAGCAGACGAAGAGACUAGCUUCCAGGAGAAACGAUUGCGGACAUCUCUUCUUGGCAUUGCUCAACAGCCCUAUCAUGUUGUCCAGAUCCCCAAAAUCCAAAAGGAGCUUAGGAAACUCGGAAUCUACUUUUCACCAUCCUCUGCCAGCAGAUAUGAUGUGGACAAGUUUGGGAGUGAUGCAGAUGUUCCUGACCGAUCUCAGGGCAAACUGAAGUUCUCGCUUCUCUAUGACAGAAAAUACCUUGAGUUGCUCUUGACAGUCACGGGAGUGCUGGGGCUUCCCAGCCGAAGGUGCACCAAUACUUUUAUUCAGGUCAGGCUGCUAAGGUCUGCAUCCUCCCAGUCUCCUGAUUUCCAGCAUGUUGUCCAUGACUGGCAGACGCAGGUGGUGAAGAACUGUACCAAUCCUAUCUUUGGAGACCAGUUUGUUUGCACCCUUCAGGAGGCUGAACUGGCAAAGACCAGCAUCAAGUUAGAGGUUAAACACUUUGAUAAAUAUUCCCGGCACAUUCCUCUGGGAGAAGUGAGGGUAGUCUUGAAUAUACUAAAGACUUCCCAAAGCACGGAAUUCUGUGAAGAAUUACAGAAGGUGACAAAGGACACUGUUGGAGAAGUGCUCGUGUCACUGAAGCGUCUCCCUAUCUCCCAGAGGAUAGAAGUUGGGCUACUGAAAGUGAAAAUGGCCUCCUUCUAUAGUAAUCCAGAGAAACAUAUAUAUGCAAGGAUUGAUGUCUUCUACAACCUCCAUAAGCAAAAGCACCAGAAAUCCAAACCUAAGGCUCUUGCAGGAAUGACUGUUUUCAACGAGACUUUCCUCUUCCAUCUUCCUGAGCCCAUAGUGUGGGACUGUGCUGUCCUCAUCUCCAUUCAUGAAAUGCAUCCCAGCAGCAGGCAGCUGGUUGGACAGGCUGCGCUGGGAAGAAGAGGACCCGACAAUAUGAAUGAUCACUGGGAUCGCAUGAUGCAGUCCAUCCAGCAGCCUGUAGCUAAGUGGCAUCCUUUGCUCAUUUAA